AAUGAUUUUGGGGUUGGGCCGCCGGCCCAUGAUCCUGAAGCUGAAUCACCCCUUUUCCUUUCUUCCUCCAUCCCUCCCUGCAACCCUAAAACCCUAAGCCCUAGAAACCUUCCAUAGCCAUCGAGCUUCCCAUUUCGGAUCACUUUAAUAACGGCCGUCAAUCUCCCUCUUGGAAGCGGUAGAAGCGAAAUCCCUAAUUGUGCUGCUGCUAGGCAAUGGCAAAGCGAUUGAUUCCGUCCCUCAACCGCGUCCUGGUGGAGAAGAUCGUCCCUCCUUCCAAGACUUCAGCGGGCAUUCUGCUCCCGGAGAAAUCCUCCAAGCAGCUGAACUCCGGGAGGGUGGUGGCGGUGGGGCCGGGGACGAGGGACCGUGAAGGGAACCUGAUGGCGGUCUGCGUCAAGGAAGGCGACACCGUCCUGUUGCCCGAGUACGGCGGGACGCAAGUUAAGCUAGUUGAUAAAGAGUACCAUCUUUACCGGGACGAAGACAUUCUCGGAACUCUCCAUGACUGAUGAGGAGAAGCACCUGUUGGUCGUUUUGAUUUCAGCUAACUGAGCCUGAUGGAGGAAGAUGAUUGUUCUGUAGUGUCAGUCAGUCAGCCGAACAAAGGUUGGAUUUCGAAGCAUUUCGUGCCUUGCUUGUAUUGAGCUGAAUUGGAAUCGGAAUUGAAAUCGAAUUCCCGAAAUCAAAAACUCUUGUUCUAUUCUGGUUAUUGUGUCAUGUCAUGACCAAUGAUGAAUCGUUGUAGCGUCAA